CACGAAUUACCUAAGAUAAAAACGAAUUAUUAGUUUGGGCGAUUUCUCACUUAGUUAUUGUUAAGUUUUCUCAAAAUUUAAACAAAAAUGCAGAGGCAGGUGGCACUCAUUAAGCAGUCCCUCUUUGAUCAGGGAUAUCUCGACGAACAAUUCAUGGAGUUAGAAGAGCUCCAAGAUGAUGCAAACCCUAAUUUUGUUGAAGAAGUUUCCGCAUUAUACUUCAAAGAUUCAGCUCGAUUAAUCAAUAACAUUGACCAAGCUUUGGAAAGAGGAUCAUUUGAUUUCAACAGGCUCGAUAGUUACAUGCAUCAGUUUAAGGGAAGCAGCACGAGUAUUGGGGCAAGUAAGGUGAAAGCUGAAUGCACAAAGUUUAGAGAAUACUGCAGAGCUGGAAAUGCUGAAGGAUGCUUGAGGACAUUUCAUCAACUGAAGAAAGAACACUCAACGUUGAGAAAGAAGCUUGAACAUUACUUCCAGUUGGCAAGGCAGGCGGGGCCAAAGGAGACAGCACGUAGGCCCAAGUAAAGAGAGAGAGCGAGCGAGAGGGAGAGAAAUGAGGAAUCGUCGUCGAAUUUUGUAGAAAUAAUCAUAUAUAAUAAAAUAGUUCCUCUUUAUUUUUAGUAUUUAUAUAUUAUACAAUGUACGUUAUUAUAAAGAAGAUCUUUGGGCAUUUUAUAUUAUGUAUGAAUAAACGGUCCAAAUUUUCUCUA